AUGUCAAGUAGUCAACGGAGGGCUGCCAAAACUCCUGGAAAGAUAAGGCCGGUCAAGAAAAGUGAUAGCCAGUUUGAUGAAACUUGGGGGAAACUCUCUGCAGCUAUUGGUGAAAUAUACCACAAGAAUGCCAGUACUCUGAGUUUUGAAGAAAUAUAUCGCAAUGCAUACAACAUGGUCCUCAACAAGCACGGCGACAGACUAUACAAUGGCGUACGAGACGUCAUCUCCAAACACCUCGACGAUGCAGUCGCAGAAGAUAUAGUUGAUCUCUUUGAACGCAGAGACGACUUUCUCCGUGAAAUCAGACUGGUCUGGUCAGAUCACACAACAUGCAUGCUCAUGAUUCGUGAUAUCCUAAUGUACAUGGAUCGUGUUUAUGUGAAAACUGCUGGUCUACCAAUCGUUUACGACAUGGGAUUGGACUUGUUUCGUGAGCGGGUCGUGAGAUCCCCGAAACAUGAUAUCAAGGGACAUUUAAAGGACACAUUGCUGCGUGAGAUUGAGAGAGAGCGUGGUGGUGAAGCUAUUGAUAGGCAGGUUGUAAAGAGUAUUGUGGAGAUGAUGUUGACGCUGCCUUCGUCGCUUGAGAAGAGGAACGCAGCAGGAGAUUUGAUCAAGACAGAAGGCAGUACAGUCUACCAUGCUGAUUUUGAGCCCGCCUUCUUGGAAGCAAGUGCUACAUUCUACAAAACGGAGUCAGAUCGGUAUUUGGAACAUUCAGAUGCUACAGCAUACCUGAAACAGGUUGAAAGGAGGUUGCGAGAGGAAGAAGAGAGAACAAAACACUACCUUGCUUCAGGAACCGAGCCACAUAUACGAGCAGUUGUGGAGCAACAGACACUUCAGAAUCAUGUCAAGACUAUUAUUGAGAUGGAAGGAUCUGGACUAGUAUCCAUGCUUGAAUACGACAAACAUCCAGAUCUCUCACGAAUGUACAAACUAUUUUCACGAAUAUCCAAUGGUCACCCGUCAAUGAAAAAGGCCGUCGCCAAUCACUUGCUAGCCUUGGGCAAGAACUUGAAUGAAACGCUAGGAGGUCUCCCCUCUACCAUCAGUAAUCCCACCACCACAACGAUACCCACAGAACCACUUCCUGGCCCAUCAGCAUCGUCAUCCGCGGACGUAGUAAAAGCCACAACCUCAAACCAAGACGAUAAUGGUGCAACCAAUAUGGACGAAGAUGGUGCAGAAACUGCUGCUGCCGCUUCUUCAUCAAAUGUAAAUGGGGGUCCAACCCCACUGAAAUGGGUGGAAGCUAUUCUGGCACUCAAGGACAAGUUUGACGCUACUUUAGAAAUUGCAUUUGGUAAAGACAAGUCCUUCCAGACUGAUAUAAACUCAGCCUUGGAAGUGGUUAUAAAUCGUAAUAAUAAGAGUCCAGAGUUUGUUAGUUUGUUUAUUGAUGAGAAUUUGAGGAAGGGAUUGAAAGGGAAAUCUGAAGAAGAAACUGAAGUCGUUCUGGACAAGACCAUCACCAUAUUCCGAUUUAUACACGAAAAGGACGUAUUCGAACGUUACUAUAAACAGCACUUGGCCAAACGAUUACUAUUUGGACGAUCUGUAUCAGAUGAUGUAGAAAAGUCAAUGAUUGCCAAGCUCAAGGUCGAAUGUGGUUAUCAAUUCACCACCAAGCUGGAAGGCAUGUUCCAGGACAUGCGAAUGUCUUCAGAUACCCAAACGGAUUUCCGACACUACAUGUCUCAACUAGCAAACGCACCAUCAUCCAUGUUUGAAUUAUCCGCAUCUAUCUUAACAUCGACAUUUUGGCCUAUAUCAUCCACCAUAUCAUCAUGUGUAUACCCGACAGAAGUGCAAGCCAUUGUCGAGAAUUUCCAAAGGUUUUACUAUGGUAGACAUUCAGGUCGUCGAUUGACUUGGUUGCCACAUCUCGGAACUGCUGAUUUGAGGGCACAGUUUGAAAAGGGUAAAAAGGAACUCAACUUGUCGACACAUGGGAUGGUUGUGCUUGUUGGUGUAUUUAAUCGGGUGUCUGAUAAUGAGUGGGUAACGUAUCAGCGUAUAGCAGAUGAAACGCAGAUACCGGAUGUGGAUUUGAAGAGGUGCUUGCAGAGUUUGUCGUUGGCCAAGUAUAAAAUAUUGCUGAAGAAGGCUAAAGGACGUGAAGUUGGUCCUGGUGAUGAGUUCCAGGUCAACAUCAAAUUCACCCAUCAACUCCAAAAAAUCAAAAUCUUGACCAUUGCAUCCUCAAAUGCUGGUACGAAUGCGAAUCAAAUGGAAUCAGAAGCAGAACGAGCCGAGACGGUUGCCAAAGUAGAUGAAGAACGCAAACAUAUGCUUGAAGCAGCCAUUGUACGAGUCAUGAAGGCACGUAAAAAGAUGGUACAUAAUGACUUGGUGAUUGAAGUCACCAAACAAUUGACUGGUCGAUUUGCACCUACUCCUCCUAUGGUCAAGAAACGUAUUGAGGGAUUGAUUGAACGGGAAUAUUUGGAGAGGGAUAAGACUGAUAGGAAACUGUACGUUUAUCAAGCAUAA